CUACCAACUCCUCCACCACCCCACCCUCACCAACCGCUCGCCAUGGCGCCGCCGCCGCCUCGCCGCUCUGCUCCCAUGUUCCCCGCCGGCGGUACGACGCGGAGCAUGCUCCUCCAGGCGGCGUACGACGGCGACCUCCGCUCCUUCAAGAGCCACGCGAGGGCGCUGGACAAGGGCAGGGGCCGCCUCAGGGAGACGGUGGAGGCGGUGACCGUGGAAGGAGGCGACGAGGCACUGGAGGGCGUCGGGGCGCUGCACCUCGCCGCCGCCAGGGGGAACCUGGAGAUGUGCGCCUACUUGGUCGAGGAGCUGCGCGUGGACGUGAACGCCGUCGACAACGGAGGUAGAACGCCUCUGAUUCAUGCUAUGUACGGUGAGAGGGUGGGCACUUUCAAGUAUCUUCUUGAUCAUGGUGCCAAUCCAGACAGAGUUGACCCCAAUGGAUUUGCCCCUCUACAUUCUGCUGCUGGAUCAGGAUAUUGUGAAAUGGUAAAGCUAUUACUUGCAAGAGGAGCUUGCACCGACCCGGUAACUUGCUGUGGGACACCACUUCAUAUUGCUGCUACUGAAGGGCAAGACUGUGCUAUGAAGAUUUUACUUGGCCACAAUGCAGAUUACAACAAGAUGAUAAAUGGUAUGACACCUCUCUAUUUUGCUAUAAAUGUCUCCUCGGUGAAAUGUGCAAAACUCCUGAUUCAGGCUGGUGGUGUUGCCAAUGGAGAUUUUAUCUUAACCGCUUUAGCUGAUGCUCCAAGAAAUGGAUCAGCGGAGUGCUUGAAUUGCCUACUGGGGUUUGCUGGUGAAUGGCGUGCUCGUAAUGAUGAGGAGCCUGUGGAUAGAAAGAAAGUAGCAGAAUUGAAGUCACAAGGGAGCAAGGCAGUUGCAAGAAAGGAUUUUCUUUCUGCAGCAGAAGCCUACAGUAUGGCACUGGAGCUUGAUCCUGAUGAUGCGACGUUGUUCUCAAACAGGAGCCUUUGCUGGCUUCACAUAGGCAAAGGAGGCAAGCCUUUGCUCAGUUUACUGGAUGCUUAUGAAUGCAAAAAGAGGCGGCCUGAUUGGUCGAAGGCCUUCUACAGGGAGAGCAAAGCUCUAGCGUUACUGAAGGACUACAAGGGUGCAUGCGAUGCGCUUCUGAACGUAUUGAAGAUGGACCCAGGGAAUGCUGAAAUCGAGGACGGAUUGCGGAAAGCUAUGGAAUCCUUGAAGGUGUCUCAAAGCACCAAGGCCAAGUGACCUAUACACCCAGCUCAGAAAAAAGUGAUCUAUACACAGCUGUUCAUGAAAAUACAGUAGCUCCAAACACAUGCACACAUUUUGUAGCCUUGUGGGAAAGAUACAUGGACUUCUUGGAUCAUUAUCCUCCUUGUGUAAGUUAAGUGAUGAGUGCUAAAGCAUUUCGGAGG